UAUUUUAUGUAGUAAAAAAUUGUCACAAUAUCCAAAGUCGUUAAUUAUCCCAAUAUCAUGAUUGCGUCGAUGCGAAAGUAAUAACGGAAUUUUUGUAAUUGAAUUUGCAAUAUUUUUAUUUAUUUUAAUCAAUGAAAAGGACUCGAAAUGAUGCAGUUAAAGCUGCUGUUACUUCCUACUUAGAACGACGGAAUUACCCCGACAUCGAUUUUUUUAAUAACACUAAUUCUUCAAGUCGUAGUGCCGAGGAAAUGGCUGUAGCGACUAUCGUACAAAGUGAAGCGAGUAGAGCAAACUCUAUUUUGUUUUCAUGCAUAAACAACGACCCUGGACAUUAUGAUGUUCAAUACACAAGGCUUGUUAAUUUCAUUAAAGGUAUUAAAACCGAAAAUGUGAAAAAUGAAUUACUUGGUCUAUUGACCCCAUUGUUAUGUCAUCUAUAUCUAGAAAUGUUGCGGGGUGGACAUGGAGGAGCUGCACAAAUGUUCCUAAAAAGGCAUUCUGCUUCAUUACCACAAAAAGAUUUAUCUUAUCAUCAGCCUAUUGAUGGAAAUCUACCCUCAGCACUUUACCGUCCUAAUAGCUUGGAGCAGUUAUUUAAUUCAUUACAAAAUGGUACUAUAGAUAAUGAAACUCCAGAAAAAGAUUAUAUGAACCAGCUACUGGACGAUAUUGGUACAGUGUAUACAUUACAAGAAGUAGAAUCUCGUCCGUCUAUUGCAGCUUUUAGGUCUUGUAAAUAUGACAUUUACUUAUCACAGGAUGCACUAAAUAUGUUGAAAACAUAUUUAGCCAAACAUGGACAUGUUUUAUUGAUACAAGUUUUUCAGACUUGGUUUCACAUAGAUAUAAAUAAUGAAAAUAGAAAAAACCCUGAGGACGAUGAAGAACAGACUGAUGACGAAAGAAAUGUCAAUUCUGUAAAUUGUGUUGAAAAAGGGAACGAUAAUGAUAUAUUUUCAAAAUGUAAUGGCCAUGCAGAAUACCAAUCUGUGGAUAAAGAAUUAAGAGAACUGCAGGAUGCAAUCAAAGGUGUUAGAGAAAAUAUGGCACCGCUUAAAUUGUACAAAAUAGCUGCUCCAGAUACACAUCUAGUGUGUGCAAAAACUGACCAAUACUGUAAUGUAUUAUGUGGAGGAUUUGAUAAUUCGGAAUUAAGAUUGUGGGAUCUUGGUCAAAAUAAUAUUAAGAGAAAGAUCAACAGAAACAUAUCAGAAAUUGAAUUGGCUUGCUGCAUUCCACCUGAACCAGAAACGCCUUUGGAUACUACAUUUCAAAUUGGAACAGGAUUACCAUUAAGAGGGCAUUCUGGUCCAGUACAAGCAGUUAGUAUACUUUCUAGAGAAGAGUUAGUACUUUCAGCCUCACAUGAUAAUACAAUGAGGGCAUGGAGAUUGUCAGACUAUUCAUGUGCAUCCAUAUAUAGAGGUCAUAAUUAUCCGAUAUGGUGCAUGGAUGUGUCAAAAAAUGGAUUAUUUAUAGUAACCGGAUCUCAUGACAGAACAGCGAAAUUAUGGUCUUUGGAUAGGACAUUUCCUAUUCGAGUAUUUGUGGGACACAUGUCUGAUGUGACGUGCGUCAAGUUCCACCCGAACGAGGCGUACAUGGCGACGGGCGGCGCCGACCGCAGCGUGCGGUUGUGGAGCGUAUGCGACGCGCGACUCGUGCGCGUUCUGUGCGGACAUCGGGCCGUUGUGCGCGCGCUCGCCUUUUCGCCCGCCGGCACACAUCUCGCCAGCGCUGGUGAUGAUAAAAAGAUAAAAAUAUGGGAUUUAGCUGCAUGUACAUGUGUACAUGAAUACAGGGGACACCAUGGAAAAGUAACCGCAUUAGAUUGGUCUGCUGUUGGAAAACCUAGCUUGUCCAACAGAAUUUGUACAGACCCCAAUGAUACCAAUGCUGAUUAUUCCAUAUUAUGUUCUGCUGGCAUGGACGGAAUAGUCAAAGUUGUGUGGGAUACAAAUACUAAAAAUAAGCAAGUAUCAGGCCAAGAUAUUUCGAACUCUACAUAUAAUACUAAAUGCUCAUAUUUAGUUGAUGUACAAGUGCACCCAGACUGGAUGGUAGCAAUAGGAACUAAAAGAUGAUGUAUUGAUAAAUAAAUGAUCUUUUAACAUA